UCCACGACGAUGAUCAAAUGUUCGGGAAACUGCCCCUCUCACUGUGUCGCGUCGAUAUCCUAUGAAAAUCCGGCCAUUCCACACCCUAACCUUGUCCAUGAUAACGACGCGGUACCCACCGAUGCUCAAGUGGAUGAGAUACGGAGCGCAAUAGCACUUGCCACUCAGACACUCGCUUCAAUCGAUCAGGCAAUUUCAACCCUUCUGCGAGAGGUCGCUGAACUACAUGACAAACGCCGCGAGACCGAGUUAUUCAUUGCUUCGCAGAGUGCAGUUAUCGCAGGCGUCCGGCGUUUGUCCAACGAGCUGCUACUAGAGAUCUUCUCAUACUGCGCCAACCCAGUUUAUCCUCCCUUCCACAAGUAUAACCCCAUCUCCAAAAUCCUGCAAGUGUCGGGUCGUUGGCGAGCUGUCGCUCUCGGAUUCCCUUGUUUAUGGCAAAACAUCAACUUAACCGGUGGACUUCGUCUUCGGGAAGAGCAUCUACUUCGGCACAUCUCUCUUCAGAUCGAGCGCACCGGUCAGACACCGCUUUCUGUCCUCCUUCGAGCCUCCCAAACGACCAGUCUCGACUUACUCGGCGUGGUGAUGGCUGAGGCUGCUCGCUGGCGGCAAGCGGACAUCCAUCUAUAUCCAUUCCACCUACAGCAUAUAUUUUCCGACCCGAUACCAGUGUUUGGCAUGCUCACCAAACUCUUGCUCGUUAUCAACAGAGAUCUUGAAGGUUUCUUGGGCAUGGAGCCGGAAGGGUUUUUGGGUCGGUUCCCUGCGCUGGUAGAGCUAUCACUCAAACUGGGGUUUCGCACAGUACCACCCGCAUUUCACGGUGUAUGGGGGCGGCUCCUCCAAUGCAAACUGGAGGAGUGUCGCAGCAGAGACGUUUUGCACAUUUUGCCGCUAUUUUCGCAAGGUUGCCGACUCAUCAUGAAGGCUUGCGGGGAGGCAGACUUUACGGGAGGAGACCGGGACGAACCUUCUGGGCUUAUUUGUCGCAUCUCUGCACUGUCAAUCGUCGCACCUCAUUCUAAAGAUGUGUUCUUCGGGGAAUUGUUGAAUUUGAUCUUGGUGGCGCCGCACCUUCGGGAACUUUGUCUGCCUGCGACACAGAAUCUGGUGCCAUCGACUAUUUCGUUUCUCGCACGUUCGGGCUGCGCUCUCUCCCACCUCCGCCUCCAAACACCUGACCAGCACGUUCCGAGUGCUGCCAUCCUAAUAAACUUCCUCAAGUGUUCAGAACUGCAAGACUUGCUGUACAUUGACCUCGUUUUGCACAAAGAGCGGGAUGCGGACUCGAUAUUCGACUUGUUCCUCCAGCCAGAGGUCCUCGCCCGACUGGAGACAUUGACAAUUCGCGAAACGGACGUUGGUUUUGUCUGGAUAACGGAGCUCCAUCAAGCGCGACAAUCGGUUUUGCGCAAACUUGGUGUGCCGUAUGGGACGAUGGUUCCGAAGCCCCCUUUAGCCGGACUCGACGUCCAUGUCUAUCGCCAGCUAGGUUCGGAUGAGAACCUCAUUCCAGUAGCCCAUGCUCCGCCUCGUGUUCUCAUGCGGGGCGAAACCUGA